AACUGCCGCCGCAUCGAUUUCCACUCCUUUUGGUUUGAUUUAGUCUUUGCGGAAAUGUCCAGUUCGAAGCGCACCACCCAGCGGCAUGCCUCGACGGCCGCGCGGCAGCGUCAGAGCCGCACGCAGCGACUGACGCGGCACACAUGCUUCACCCUGAAGCGGACGGGCACCUUUCAGGUGCGCAAAUCGCUGGUGGAGUACGUGGACGCAGAGCUGACCGAAAUGCAGACGUCCGUGUUCUAUCAGCGUAUUUUUAUCCUAGCCAAAAAAUGGCUGCCUGAGGCAGAGAUAGAGAAGGAGCCAACAGCUGGCCAGGAACCGCCGCCCACCGGAGCUGUCUCGGAGGUAGAUAAAAGGGAGCCCGAGGUGAUAACUGUCGAGGUGGAGGCAGCGUCAGUGCCGCCAGAUGAGAUCACGCAGGCAUCCACCACGGCGGGAUCGCAGACAGCCACGGAGGUCACCUCCGAGGCAGCCAUAGACGCUCCUCCGGCCGUUACUUUGCCCAUCCCAGAGGCUGCACCAGUGAAGCCAGACUUCGAAACGGAGACGGUGACGCACACUUUUCGCUUCACCGACGACUUUGCCCUGCAGCCCACGGAACCCGUUGAGGAGCAAGCGGAGGAGGAGCUAGAGCCCGAGACAGAGCCAGAGCCUGUCAAGGAGCGGGACUACUUUGAUAUGUUCUGCGAAAAGUUGCAGGAGCUGCACAACAACUGCCAGCUGGAGGCCUUCACGCCGGACCCGGUGUGCGGGCUGUUCAUCUACAUGGGCGACUACACGCUGCUGAUGCUGGAGACCAGCGAGGACAUGAUGGGCUGCUUCUGCCGCCAACUGCUGGCCUGCUGCGACGAGUUCUGGCUGAGCAAUCGCGUCUUUCAGAUCGAGGAUCACAUCUCGCAGCUGUACACCAAGGAGCUGACCUUUCGCCGCAUUCCGGCGGUUUUUCUCAACGAGAAGUUUCCCACCUCCACGCCCACGGAUGAGUACUUGAUGGGCAAGCAGCACAUGAUCAUCAAGGAGAAGCUCUUCAUCAUUUGCCGCCUCAUAGCGGAGAGCUUGGCGCCAACAGAGCCCGAGCCCAGCCACGCUGCCGACCAUGAGCCGAGCCAGAGUAAUGCCACCAGCAAUCGCCCCUCCGCCCUUCGCCUGCAUGAUGACGACGAGGAUGACGGAGAAGAGGAGCUGGAGCUGGAGAAGGAGGAAGUGGUGCAAUCCACCAGUUUGUUAGGUUCCUUGAAGUCCAAGUCCUCGCAGCUCAUCGAGUUCCUGCCGGUGGAUGUCUACCGCAAGCAUUUGCCCGAGAUUCAGCGCAUCGAACUGGUGCUGGCCUCCACACGCUUCUACUUCACCUUGGCUGAGUUCUCCGAUCUCUACGGCGGUGCACCGCAGACACCCGACGAGGACGGGCUCUUCUGGCCCAUCCAAAACAAUUACACACCGCCCAACAUAUUCCGUCGCACACCUUUCGACAUUAACUUGACCUUUGCCGACUAUGUGGCGGCCAAGAUGAAGACUGACACAGACAAUAGAGCAUCACGCGGAGAUCUAGGGGACCAUGAGGAAGAAGCCGAAUCUAAGAGGCAAUCCGUGGAGAAUGAGGAGGAGAGUCAGCCAGCAGCUGAUGAAUGA